AUGUCAGAAGAUAAGAACUUGCUGAACCGGCCCAAUAAUGAAGAACCGAGAAUUAAGGCAUGUAUUGAAAUUAGAUGUGGUUGUGCUUCAACAUCAUCAAUUAUUGACGACUACAUUGUUCAGUGGAACCAGAAACUUGGUACAGGUAUCAGCGGCCCUGUAAGGCCAUGUACAAAAAGGAGCAGUUGCAAGAAGUUUGCCCUGAAAUGUUUACUAGAUAUCCCAAAAGCCAGGACAGAGGUGAAUCUACAUAAGAUGUGUAGUGGUCAUGACAACAUUGUGUCUAUGUAUGAUGUUUAUGCAAAUGAUAUACAGUUUCCAGGGGAACCACAUGCAAAACCCAGACUUCUUGUGGUGCUGGAGUACAUGCAAGGUGGAGAACUGUUUGACAGAAUCAGUAAAGAGAGUGGAUUCACUGAAAGGAAGGCAGCCAAGUACCUGAGACAGAUUGCAAAUGCAGUUCUAAGGUGUCACACCCUAAAUAUUGCCCAUAGGGAUUUGAAACCAGAGAAUCUACUGUUGAGAGACAAUACAGAGGAUGCUUUGGUGAAGCUCACAGAUUUUGGAUUUGCUAAAAUUGAUGAUGGAAAUCUACAAACACCUCAUUUUACUCCAUACUAUGUAGCUCCUCAGGUUUUAGAAGCACAUAAAUAUCAAUCAAAACAGAAGAGGGGAAUCAUACCUACCUCAAAACCAUAUACAUAUGAUAAGAGCUGUGACAUGUGGAGCAUGGGUGUCAUUUUAUACAUCAUGUUGUGUGGCUACCCUCCAUUUUACUCCGAGACACCCACCAGACAGAUCACAUCUGCCAUGAGGAGGAAGAUUCUAUCAGGGCAGUAUGAGUUCCCUGAAGAUGACUGGCAGUAUAUUUCAGAUUCUGCUAAAGAUGUUGUUAAAAGUUUACUACAUGUAGAUCCAUCAGUGAGAAUGAACAUCCAGGAAUUGCUUAGUCAUCCAUGGUUAAAUGAAGCACCAGAUACCAAACUACAGUCACCUGCUGUGUUCAUGGAUAAGAUUGGAAUGGAGGAUAUUAAGCUAGCACAUUCACAACACCUGACAAGUAUGAGAAUACCAGACAACAAUGUCACACUCAAACCUCUAACAGACACAGAAAACCCGAUAUUUCGUAAACGGAAAUUACGACAAAGCAGUAUUGAUGAAGACAAGGAAAGUCUUGAACCCUCACCUCAAAAGGUCAAGACUGACAACCUCAAGGUCAGAGCACUGAGGGACAUCAUAGCCUAUUGCAUUCUUCCCCCUAAAGUGGAUGAUGAUGAAAGUGUAUUGAACAACUUGGUAACCAAGGCCAUGCAGGAGUCAGAAACCAAAAAUGGAAUGUGUAGUGUUCUUGAUUCAUGGAAUUGGGAUGGUAAUAAGUUUCAGAAAAAGGUAGAAAAGGCCAAGUUGGCACAGGAACUGAGUGUGUUAGUAAGAAGUAUAACAGAGUCAAAUUCACACACAGAGGACCUGGAUUCCUGACAUAGAUUACAUUUGGAUCUGAUAUCUGUAUAUGUCAUCAUCAAAUUAACAAAAUGGCACAAAUCUCUAAUUCUUUGUCAUCAUAUAAUCAAUUUACUCUAAAUGGUGGUCACUGCUAAAGGGAAUAACCCUUUUUUUAACUGAACAAAGUACAAAUUUUCAUUUAUCUGUAUCCCUUAUUGAAUUCUAUUU